AAUUUGAAUAGGACAGGGCUGUUUUGGCACAUGUCUUAAGACUUUUACUUCUUUUACAUGAACUGAAAUCCAUGCUGGACCUCAAGAGGGUUUCUGUUCUGCAGUUUGGUGGCUAACGUUCAAGUUAGCUAAUGUGUCGCCAAGAUGAACCAGGAAGACGUUUUGGAAAAACUGAAAAAGGACGUUCGUUCCUUGCUUAUUUCGUCUAAGUUAGACUUAGAUGCUGAUAAGCUAAAGCGAGACUAUGCAGCCAUGUUGGGGCAUCCCAUUCCCUUAAAACAACUGGGCUUCAGAAACGUCAUGGACAUGGUGAAGGAAAUGCCUGACGUGGUGUCCAUUAACUUCAGGGUAGAUGGCAGGAUAUUUUUAAAAGCUGUAGGCAACGAUUCCACCCGAAACAUCGAGGAGCUGGUAGCUAAGCAGCGCGUAUCAAAGAACAACAGGAAGUUCAAGAAGUGGGGAGUCGGCUACUACUCGUCCCGGCACUAUCGCCAGUCCACCCCUGUGGUUCUUCCCAGAAGAGGUCGUGCUCCUCUGGCUGUCCCUGCCCAGCUGAGGGCACAGCUACGCAUACUGCUUUCCAAGGGUCCCCUCAGUUUUUCUGACCUGGAGGCUAGCUUCCUGCGCUGCUUCGGCCAGCCGCUGGGUGUCCACAACUAUGGCUUCUUUUCCAUUGGAGAGAUGCUGGAGGCAUUGACAGACCUGGUCCUUAUCCGGCAGGGCAGGCUGGGCUCUGUACUGACCCUGAGGGAACAUAUGGUGCCAAGGCAGCUGCUCACACCAUCUAGCACCCCUAAGAAGGCUGGACCCAUUAAGCCAGAAUCACCUAGAAAUGACAAGUCAACCUCUAAAGGGCCAGAUACCAGACCUCCGACACAAACAAUACCCCAAGCUAAAGUCCAAGUGAAGUUGAGUCCCCAGAUUCAGCCCGCUUAUCAAAAUACCUUUUGGCCCGUUCAAAAAGUGCCAACGAAUGUCAGUAACAUGCCACAGGUGAUAGAGAAAAACCAUGAAGCGGACCCAGAGCUCUGUCAGGAAGGUCAGCUCUUUCAGAAACGUGUCCUCCAGCUUGAGGAGGAGUUUCGCCUUCAAAUACUGGAGAAUGGAGUUGCUGGCACCAUCAGUCAGGAACUGAAGGACAAGCUACGAAAGGUUGUAGGUCAGAGCAGUGGUGGAUUAUCUUCGCACGAUCUGCCUCUUGAGUACAAGAGACUUUUUGGUGAGGACUUUCCACUGCGUCGGACCGGCUUUGUCAGUGUCUCAGAACUGGUCGGUGCCAUGAGUGACACCUUCCAUCUGAAACCUGUACUGGGCGACAAUGGGCAUCACUGGAUAGUCACGGACAUACAGGACAGUGAUGACACACAGUCAGUGACUGGUUCUUUGAGAGACAGCCAGAAGUUGCCAGUUAUGAGCUACUAUUUCCGCUGUGGAGAGUCUCCUUGGGAAGGCAAACUGGAAGAUCGUGAUGAGAAAAUCACAGCCGAUGAGGAGAAUCAGGAUCCAGUAGAGGCAUAUACCACUUUGAAGAGCACCAAAAUGGUGUCUCAGAGGUACCCUGCUAUCCAGGUACAGAGCACGCCUGCGGUGCCACUGGACGCUCUGCAGAGUCAACGUCUCAAACCUCCGACGCGCCAUCGUGCCAGAGAGCUGGUGGACGUCCUGGUUGAACUGCUGGACUCCCCUGGACAUUUCUACAUCCGCUUCAGCGAGAAUGAGGAGGCCCGAGCUAUGGAGUACAUGAUGAUUGAGAUGAGACGAUGCUACACCUGCCCCGACGUGUCAAUGCGUUACCGCCUCCCUGAACAAUUUGUCCGAAGGGGACAAGUCUGCUGCAUGUCCCCUAGAGGAAUGUGGUUCUACCGAGUGGUGAUCCAUCAGAUCAUCAGCCCCACUCAGGUCGAGGUGUACUCUGUCGACUUUGGCGAUAUGAUCCUGGUACAGAUCGCCAGCCUGAAGUUCCUCAAGUCAUGUUAUUCAAAUCUUCCAGCACAAGCUGUCCCGUCAUCACUCGCUGGAAUUAAACCCAACGCUGGCAGUUGGACUGCUGAGGCCAAGGCUUCUUUCCAGAAGCUUAGCUCUGAUCGCACCCUGGUGGGAGCUUUGGAUAGCUACAGUGGAGAUGUGCUUCAGCUCUACCUGUGUGACACACAUACUGAAAGGGACAUCUAUAUCCACUCUGUCCUGUUGAGCCAGGGCCACGGGACGGCCUGCAGCCCUGCAGCCAGUGCAGCACUGUGUGACAAGGUCCAGCCAGUGAGUCUCUACCUGGGAAUGGGAAUGGUAGACCUUCCAGAGGUAGAAGAACAGAUGGCCACUUUUUCCCCAAAGUCUCCGACAGAAGAGUCAAUGACGGCCUCACCGAAGGAAACGGGAAGUCUCCUGAUGUCUGAGGCUGAAGACGAAGAGAUGCCCGACCUAGAGUUCAUUGGGCACAAUAAGGGUUUGGCCGCCAACCCGUUCAGAUCUCUGCUGAAUUGGGUGAAUCGUGAAUCGGGCUCGUCCCUAAGCAACAAAUCGCCUCCUGCCGACCCCACCCUUCCCACCUCAAGCAUCCUCGCUCCCCCAGAUUUGAUCCUGACCCACACAACCCGAGCUCUCUGUAAAGCAGACCUUCAAACUCCAAGCGUGACUCCCACACCAACUCCCUCCAGCAACACUCCCAGCUACUACUGUCCGACACCAGAGGCUGAGCAGCACCUACCCAAAGUCGCUGUCCCGUCCCUGGUCCGGCCACCUCCGGUCCUGAGGACCAAUCAAUUUCCUCAGGGUGAACCAGGCUCUCCACUCGGCCUGUGAAACCCCCUGGUUUCGCUGUUCAGGGCCAGGUGUAUAAGUUAAAACACAGGUGUAUAAGUUAAAACACAAAGGAAGGUACUUGUGUUCGUUAAUAUCUGCAAGCCAAAAUGUUGUGAAUCUACUCACUGAAAUAUUUGUGAAGCCACUUUGGUAAUAAUUUUGUCAAGCCCUUGAGUUACUUAGUGACUUGUAUAAAAAGCGUUAAAAGCAUUUUUAUACGUUUAUUUUAAGAUUAUUUAAUGUUUUAUUUUAUCUGUAUUAUUGUAGGUACAGUUUAGGCUUGAAUUGAUAAAUACAAUAAAUACAUGGCUGUCUUUUAUUCAUGUGAAUAGACCUUCGAAUGCUUUUUGUCUUUAAAAUAAUAUUUUCUUUGUUUGAAUUUCUCAGAAGCAAUCGU